AGGACCCAAGGAGCGCGGGAGGCCGCUGAGGCAAUGGCGGUGCUUGACUGCAGGCUGUGGAGGAAGUGAAGCAGCGGCAGGAUCCGCCGCCAUCCGCGCUGCUCCUGCGCAGGUGAACUGAGGUGAAGUGAUAUCAAUCGGCACCAUGUUUCUUUAUAACCUAACUCUGCAGCGAGCCACCGGGAUCAGUUAUGCCAUCCAUGGCAACUUUUCAGGUACCAAACAACAAGAAAUUGUUGUUUCUCGAGGCAAAAUCUUGGAGUUGCUUCGUCCUGAUCCGAACACAGGAAAAGUUCAUACUUUGCUGACAGUGGAAGUCUUUGGAAUCAUUCGCUCUCUCAUGGCCUUCAGAUUAACUGGUGGAACUAAAGACUACAUUGUGGUGGGCAGUGAUUCAGGUCGCAUUGUUAUCUUGGAAUAUCAGCCCUCAAAAAAUGUGUUUGAGAAGAUUCACCAGGAAACCUUUGGCAAGAGUGGCUGUCGCAGAAUUGUUCCUGGACAGUAUUUGGCUGUGGAUCCUAAGGGGCGAGCUGUCAUGAUCAGUGCCAUUGAGAAGCAGAAGUUAGUGUACAUUCUGAACAGGGAUGCUGCAGCCCGACUCACAAUUUCUUCCCCAUUAGAAGCGCAUAAAGCCAACACCUUGGUUUACCAUGUAGUUGGAGUAGAUGUGGGGUUUGAAAAUCCCAUGUUUGCCUGUCUGGAAAUGGAUUAUGAGGAAGCUGACAAUGACCCCACAGGAGAAGCGGCAGCCAACACCCAGCAAACCUUGACAUUUUAUGAGUUAGAUCUGGGUUUGAACCAUGUUGUCAGGAAAUAUAGUGAACCCUUGGAAGAACAUGGCAACUUCCUUAUUACAGUCCCUGGAGGUUCUGAUGGUCCCAGUGGAGUGCUGAUUUGUUCUGAAAACUACAUCACCUAUAAAAACUUUGGUGACCAACCAGAUAUCCGAUGUCCCAUUCCCAGGAGAAGGAAUGACUUGGAUGACCCUGAAAGAGGCAUGAUUUUUGUCUGCUCUGCUACACACAAGACCAAGUCUAUGUUCUUCUUCUUGGCUCAGACUGAGCAGGGUGACAUCUUCAAAAUCACCUUGGAGACUGAUGAGGACAUGGUAACAGAAAUUCGACUCAAGUACUUUGAUACAGUUCCUGUCGCUGCUGCCAUGUGUGUUCUGAAAACUGGGUUCCUCUUUGUGGCUUCUGAGUUUGGAAACCACUACCUCUAUCAGAUUGCUCAUCUGGGGGAUGAUGAUGAGGAGCCAGAGUUCUCCUCUGCCAUGCCCUUGGAGGAAGGAGACACAUUCUUUUUCCAGCCACGGCCUCUCAAGAACUUGGUGCUGGUGGAUGAACUGGACAGCCUGUCUCCCAUCUUGUGUUGUCAGAUAGCUGAUCUGGCUAAUGAAGACACCCCUCAGUUAUAUGUGGCCUGUGGGAGGGGGCCUCGGUCGUCACUGAGGGUCCUUAGACAUGGACUUGAGGUAUCUGAAAUGGCCGUCUCAGAGUUGCCUGGUAACCCCAAUGCUGUAUGGACAGUGAGGAGGCAUGUUGAAGAUGAAUUUGAUGCCUAUAUCAUUGUGUCCUUCGUCAAUGCCACCCUGGUACUGUCUAUCGGAGAAACUGUAGAGGAGGUUACAGACUCAGGAUUCCUUGGUACUACGCCCACCUUGUCUUGCUCAUUGUUGGGAGAUGAUGCUUUGGUGCAGGUUUAUCCUGAUGGCAUCCGGCACAUCAGAGCAGAUAAAAGAGUUAAUGAGUGGAAAACACCAGGGAAGAAAACCAUCGUCAAAUGUGCUGUGAAUCAGAGACAAGUGGUGAUCGCACUGACAGGGGGAGAGCUGGUCUACUUUGAGAUGGACCCGUCAGGGCAGCUGAAUGAAUACACAGAGAGGAAGGAGAUGUCUGCUGAUGUGGUGUGCAUGAGCUUGGCCAACGUUCCCCCAGGAGAGCAGCGCUCCCGGUUCCUUGCUGUUGGGCUGGUGGACAACACUGUGCGCAUCAUUUCCCUCGACCCCUCUGACUGUCUUCAGCCGCUGAGUAUGCAAGCUCUCCCUGCCCAGCCAGAAUCACUGUGCAUUGUGGAAAUGGGUGGAGCUGAGAAGCAGGAUGAACUGGGAGAGCGGGGCUCGAUUGGCUUCUUGUACCUGAACAUUGGCUUGCAGAACGGUGUCCUUCUCCGAACUGUCCUUGAUCCAGUUACUGGUGACCUCUCUGACACAAGGACCAGGUAUCUGGGCUCGCGCCCUGUGAAGCUCUUCCGAGUUCGGAUGCAAGGCCAAGAGGCGGUGCUGGCCAUGUCAAGCCGUUCUUGGCUGAGUUACUCCUAUCAGUCCCGCUUCCACUUAACACCCCUCUCAUAUGAAACGUUGGAGUUUGCCUCUGGCUUUGCUUCAGAGCAGUGUCCAGAGGGCAUAGUAGCCAUCUCAACAAACACACUGAGGAUUUUGGCCCUGGAGAAGCUUGGAGCUGUCUUCAACCAGGUUGCCUUCCCGUUGCAGUACACUCCUAGGAAGUUUGUCAUCCACCCUGAGAGCAACAACCUAAUCAUCAUUGAGACGGACCACAAUGCUUAUACUGAGGCCACUAAAGCCCAAAGGAAGCAGCAGAUGGCGGAGGAAAUGGUGGAAGCUGCAGGGGAAGAUGAGAGGGAACUAGCUGCAGAGAUGGCGGCAGCGUUUCUGAAUGAGAACCUUCCCGAGUCCAUCUUUGGUGCCCCCAAAGCAGGAAAUGGACAAUGGGCGUCUGUUGUCCGGGUGAUGAACCCCAUCCAAGGAAACACUUUAGAUCUAGUCCAGCUGGAGCAAAAUGAAGCUGCCUUCAGUGUGGCAGUGUGCCGAUUUGCCAAUGGUGGUGACGACUGGCAUGUUCUAGUGGGCGUAGCCAAGGACCUCAUCCUGAACCCACGCUCUGUGGCUGGAGGCUUUGUCUACACCUAUAAGUUGAUAAACAGUGGGGAGAAGCUUGAGUUCUUGCACAAGACCCCAGUAGAGGAGGUACCAGCUGCUAUUGCCCCCUUCCAAGGCAGAGUGCUCAUUGGUGUGGGGAAACUCUUGCGGGUAUAUGACUUGGGCAAGAAGAAGCUGCUCCGGAAGUGUGAGAAUAAGCACAUUGCCAACUACAUCUGUGGGAUCCAGACCAUUGGGCACCGAGUGAUCGUCUCGGAUGUCCAGGAGAGCUUCAUCUGGGUGCGCUACAAGAGGAACGAGAACCAGCUGAUCAUUUUUGCAGAUGACACCCACCCCCGCUGGGUCACCACUGCCUGCCUUCUCGACUAUGACACAGUGGCUGGAGCUGACAAGUUUGGCAACAUCUGUGUGGUGCGGCUGCCGCCCAACACAAAUGAUGAGGUAGAUGAGGACCCAACUGGAAACAAGGCGUUGUGGGAUAGAGGCCUUCUUAAUGGGGCUUCUCAAAAGGCAGAGGUGAUUAUGAACUACCAUGUAGGGGAAACAGUCCUGUCCCUGCAGAAGACGACUCUAAUCCCCGGAGGCUCUGAAUCUCUUGUCUACACGACCUUAUCUGGGGGCAUUGGCAUUCUGGUCCCGUUUACAUCACAUGAGGAUCAUGACUUCUUCCAACACGUUGAGAUGCAUCUGAGGUCUGAACACCCUCCUCUCUGUGGACGAGACCACCUCAGCUUCCGCUCCUAUUACUUCCCAGUGAAGAAUGUCAUUGAUGGGGAUCUGUGUGAGCAGUUCAACUCCAUGGAGCCCAACAAGCAGAAGAACGUGUCUGAAGAGCUGGACAGGACCCCACCAGAGGUGUCCAAGAAGCUAGAGGACAUCCGCACCCGCUAUGCUUUCUGAGAGGCACCUUUUCUGGGACGUGGCUGGGAUUCCUGUUCCAAAGAUGUUUUGAAGGGUAUGAGCUUUUUUGGCCAGUUGCUCCCACUUUGGUACUCUUGUUUUCUUCCAGUGACUUGAAAGUCCAACCAUGUCAUCAACCUGUUCUGUCCAUGCUGUUCCAGGAGUCAGUCAGGUUCUCCCAAGUGGCGAGGCCUCCCCUUUCAGGUGUGUUUCUGGCUCCACCCUUUUUACAGACAGUUUGGGUGCUGCACCCACUACCGACCUGCCCUUGGACAAGGCCCUGGUGCCCUUUCCUUGUCAAGUGAGCCAGCUAGAUGAAGUCCCCUUUUUUGAGUUGGUAAGAUAUGAGCACAGGGACGUUAGGGCUCCUCCUCUUCCGUUGGCCAGUGUCUGGGAAGCCUUGUGGGCGUGGCUGGUGUAAUUUUUCCAUCCUGCAGUUUUUAUCUCUGUGUUUGUAAAUAGAGUCUUGUACCAAGUUAGCCUUUUGUCUGCUGAAGAGAUGGCCUGUGUGAAUCUGGCCAUAGAUUUUUCUUUAAUAAAACCCAGCAUCUGGAUUAAAAGUUGGCUGACAAACCUGUUUGGUGACUUCUCUCAUGAAUUUUACCUGCUCCUGGGGACAUGAGCUAGGGAGGAGCUCUGCCAAUGGCACAUUAAAUUCAUGGGAGGAUCAAUCUUGUCAUUCAUUUUAAAAUGAGGCACUUCUUACCCUUUGGGCUGCAGAGGAAAGCCACGUUUCCCUGCACUUGCAGUGUCCAGUAUUAGGCUCUGUAUUUCUCUAGAGAUCUUACUCUCCAUUUACUCUGCUGUGGAAGACUUGUUCAGCCCUCUCAGCUGUCCUAAGGAGGUUUAUACUUAAGUUCUGGAAUUGUCUCCCAACCUACCGUACCCUACCCCUUCAGAGAAGAUAACAUUGUUGUUAAUGUUUACUUUCCUCAAAAGCAAACCUUUUGCACUUCCUCCCUCCGAGCCAUUCUUCGGGCUGCAUUACAUGUGAAUGACAGAUUUCUUUGUUUCUGUGGUGGGCUGACUACUUGUUUUAAAUGUAAUACAGGGGUUUGAUUCAUCCGAGUCAGCCUGGCCCAAUAGUCAGGGAUAAUGGGAGCUGUAGCAAAUAUUUGGAGGGCACAGGUUACUGACCUCUGGAGGACAGUGCAGGUGUCUAUGGAACUUGUGACUGGCUGCAGCUCCUAAACACAGAUACUUGCUUGAAGAGAUACAAAUGCCCUUCAGAUAUUAUGGGGACCAGAUGCUUAGUUCAAAAUGUACUGGCUGCUGAGAGACCAGUGUCUGGUUUUAAUAGUCGUGAGCUCACCUUUAGUUGAGGUCCAGCUAGAAAUACAGUGGAACUGGCAGCACAGCCCCUUGGUGGAAUGGGCACUUGCCGGAUCAGGCUACAGAGAACAGUAUUUUAUUUAAGCCCAAAGCCAGGUGAUUUCAGAUCUAGAAUUGGGCCAGGCUUUCUGGGCCUCUUUCAAGACUUUCCUGGUGCUUCAGGUUGCUUUUGUUUCAAAUGUCUUCACUGAACAAUUACUUUAAAGUGCUAUUUCUUCUUCCAUGUAUGGAUGUGGGAGUUCUGGAUUGGAUAUCAUCCAUUUCAGAAGUAGAACUAAGCAAAUUGUCUUGUCAGCUGAAAAUCUCUAUAUUUCGGCUUUGGGUAGGCACUGACAUGCUGUGUCAAACUGCCACACUGGACCUUCUCUGACUCCAAGAAAAGGAGAGCCCAUCAGAAGGGAGCCAGUAGCCAGUGAGGGAUUGCGGAAAAGGGAGCAAUCUGUGUCUGGUUGGGAAGUCUCUUGCCCUCUUAGACAAGGCCAGAGUGGAGCAGUGUGUAGCCUUUGAGGACUGCUGCUGCCCAGCUGCCUCACUAAGGUUGGGGCUGGUGGAGAGGCCUAACACAGCCCAGCCUUGAAAUGGUUCAGUGAUUAGGGGUGGGGAUUGAUGUGAAGGGCAACUGUCAGUGACAAAGACUGUAGUAAAGCUUGCUGUGGGGAAGAACUAUCUUCUAUGCUGCUAUAGUGGAAGCUACAGAAGUAAUACCCCUCAGACUUCACCCCUGUUACUUCUCCACAUACACAAGCAGGCACACUUGGAUACUAAGCAGCUCUUUAGAUUCUAUGGGCAUGGAAAUGCUGGUUUCUUGCUACAAGGUGCUGGAAUUAUGCAAAUGGCUGUGAGAAGAGAGAGGGUUGGGGAUUGAUGCACUGGCUGGAACUGAAAUCAGCAACGCCCAGCUCCUUUCUCCUAGUCCAGGGGCUGCGGCUUUAGAGCAACAGCAUUAGAAAAAGGCCCCAGAAGGCUAAAAAAAACCAACGCAUGCUUAUUGCUUUCCAUUUGAGAAGAUACAGAGAGAGGUAGCUAUUGAUUGCUACCUCCACUGUUGGAGGCAGUGUGCUUCUAAAUGCCAGUUGCUGGGAAUCACACAAGGAGUUUCUAUUGUGCUUUGCCCUUUGAGUUUCCUACAGGCAUCUGGUUUGUCUCUGCCAGAGCGGGAUGGGUCCUACAAUCCAGCAGGCUCUUAUGCUCGUCUGAAAUACACCUUAAGACAUCUCUCUAAGAACCCCUACUAGGCUAGAACUAUAGAAGCUGGUGCUUUGUUUUGAAAAAAUACACUUACCUUUCCAUUUCUGUAACCAUAAAUUCAGAAUUGGAAUGGCUGGGACAAAUGUGUGUUAGCAUUUGUGUUGUGAUUCCAGGAGGGUUACAGGUAGGAAAACCACCUGUGCCUGGCCUGAAGAAACAACUGCUUUGUUCCUCUUACGCGUAGGAGAGUAAGAAUGGGUGGGAUGGGGUGGGAGGAAACAAUUUGCGUUAAUUACAGUACAACUUUUAUUAAUACUGGAAUCUUCACAGUGCAUUCGUUACUUGUAGCAGUGACUAUUUUAAAUGAAGGGAGAAGGGAAGGAUAAUUAACUUUAAGAAUGAAAGAGGGCGGGUGGGUAAGGCCAGGGCUGCUAGCAAAGGGGGGGGGGUAGGGAAAAUAAAUUAGAAAAAAAGAACAAGUUAACAGCACCAGAAUAGUUAACAUCAGUUGAGAGAGACAUUUUAAAGGGUUUUUUUCCUCUGUACAAAAAAAAAAAUAAAAAGCAAAAUGCAAACAUUU